UGUAGGCACUCUCCCCUCUGUUUAUUCUCUCACAAAGAUAUACGUUUUAUUAGCCCCUUCUUUCAGAUACAAUCAAACUUAGUACAUCUGAGUUAUUAUGUCAAAACAUGAGAGUAACGAUAUUAGUAGUGGGGGGGACAACAGGGCACGAGCCUGUGACACAUGCCGGUCAAACGUCUGCACCGUGUACUGCCAUGCAGAUUCUGCCUACUUGUGCAUGAGCUGUGAUGCUCAAGUUCACUCUGCCAAUCGCGUUGCUUCCCGCCAUAAACGUGUUCCGGUCUGCGAGUCAUGUGAGCGUGCUCCGGCUGCUUUUUUGUGUGAGGCAGACGAUGCAUCUCUAUGCACAGCCUGUGAUUCAGAGGUUCAUUCUGCAAACCCACUUGCUAGACGCCAUCACCGAGUUCCAAUUCUGCCAAUCUCUGGUAACUCUUACAGCUCUAUGGCCAGUCACCACCAAAGCGAGACAAUAAUGACUGAUCAAGAGAAGGUACCGGUGGUGGAUCAAGAGAGAAGUGUCCAAGGUGGUGAAGAGUCCAAGAAGGUGGCGUCGUGGUUGUUCACUAACUCAGAUAAAAAUAAGGCCAAUCAUAAUGGCAAUAACCAGAACAAUGGGUUAUUGUUUAGUGAUGCGUAUCUAGACCUUGCGGAUUACAACUCAAGUAUAGACUGCCAAUUCACAGGUCAAUACAAUCAACAACAACAAGACUGCGGCGUACCACAAACGAGCUACGGGGGAGAUAGAGCGGUUCCACUUCAACUUGAAGAAUCAAGAGGCCACCUGCAUCACAAGGAAGAGAAUUUUCAGUUUGAUAUCACAUAUGGCUCCUCAGGAAGUCACUACAGCAACAAAGGUUCCCAAAACCAUAACGCAUACAUUUCAGCCAUGGAAACUGGUGUUGUGCCGGAGUCAACACCACGUGUCAUAACAGCUUCACAUCCAAGAAAGCCCAAAGCGACAAUAGACCAUAUACCUGACCCUCCAAGUCAGAUGAUAACCCAACUCAGUCCAAUGGAUAGAGAAGCCAGGGUCUUGAGAUACAGAGAGAAGAGGAAGACAAGGAAAUUUGAGAAGACGAUAAGGUAUGCUUCAAGAAAGGCAUAUGCAGAGAGAAGACCUCGGGUCAACGGCCGGUUCGCAAAGAGGAGGGAGAUCGAAGACGAGGACCACAGAUUCAACACAAUGCUAAUGUACGACACAGGAUAUGGUGUUGUUCCUUCAUUCUGAUACUCUGUUAGGUUAGGUGAAAUUAGAUUAGCUUCAAGGAUUAUCACCACUGUUUUGCAAAUGGGUUUGUAGUUUUGGCUAAUCAUUACUAUAGUAUUCCUCUUUCUCUACAUUAAGUUAAAACAAACCCUGUCUACUUGGUACAAAACCCCAUCAUCAAGAAGUGUAAAUUAACACAG